AUGGCCACGAAAGGCUGGGUUUUUGUCCUGUUCGCCAUCAUUGCUGCCGAAGCCACCAACACGUCGGCGCCUGGCAGCACAACCGAGCGUGAUGUUUGCAUGGAGGGCAAUGAUGGGCACACAAUGUUCAUCUUCAAUGAUGAUCUCCCUGGUUUUGCUGGCCGCUAUUGGAACCUACCAAGCCGGGGGUCCAUGGAGCGUCUUCAGCAGUCUAUGGACCAACAGAAUAAUUCUCUCUCAGAAGUCAGAAACCUACUGGGCAAGUUAACAGCCAAAGAUUGUGGAGAAAUCUACCGAAGCUCCAAAGACGGCAUGGAUUCUGGACUCUACACCAUCUACCCUCGUUCAGCGGGCGGAGAGUUCAACAGCAGCGCCUCGCUCCGAGUGUUCUGCCGUGUGGAGGACGGCCGGGCUUGGACCGUCAUCCAGAGACGCCAGGACGGGUCGGUGUCGUUCUACAACCGGACCUGGGAGGACUACAGCCGGGGGUUCGGCAACCUGUCCGGAGAAUUCUGGCUCGGGAAUGACAACAUCCAUCUACUUACAAACCAGGGCAGGUACAUGUUGAAUGUUAAAUUAGAAGUAUCUAAAUACUGUACUAAAAGCCCAUUCAAGUUGCCGGUUUCUUACAUGCAAUAUGACAAGUUCUCAGUGGAAAAUGCGCAGGCAAUGUAUAAGUUACACCUCGGCUCAUAUACAGGGACUCGUGGAUGCGACUUUCUCCAGUUUCAGAAUGGUUGGAAAUUUGUUCCUAAACCUGGUAACCCGCUAAAUCCACGUUCGUCCUGCUACUUGCAUAACAUGGGAGGGUUUUGGGUCCGUCGUCCGGAUACUUUGAACCCGAACGGUUUUUAUUACAAUAAAGAUGGGUCUGAUUGCCCGAAAUUAUCUCGAAACAAAUGGCCAGGGAUUUUGGGGUUCGGGUUCGUGGAGAUGAGGAUCUCUGAACGUAGUAAUUCUAUCUGA